AUGGCCAAUGACAGCGGUGGGCCCGGCGGGCUGAGCCCGAGCGAGCGAGACCGGCAGUACUGCGAGCUCUGCGGGAAGAUGGAAAACCUGCUGCGCUGCAGCCGCUGCCGCAGCUCCUUCUACUGCAGCAAGGAGCACCAGCGCCAGGACUGGAAGAAGCACAAGCUCGUCUGCCAGGGCAGCGAAGGCGCCGCCGAGCCCCGGGGCGCCCACGGCCACGCCGCGCCUCCCCGCAACCCGCAUCUCAACUCCGCGCGGCCGGUGGCCUCCGCGCCCUCUAAACCCGGCGGGGCCGGAGCCAAAGACGCCAAGAAGGCAGCGCCGCGCCGCAACGCCACCGCCGCCGAGGCUCCAGGCCAGUCGGCCGCCGUGGACGCGCAGGCGGCCAAGGCAAAGCCCGAACCCGCGGCGGCCGCUGCGUCCUCGCCUCUCGCGACCCCUGAUCACCAGGGGCCGGCGGCAUCCGAGGCGGAGGCCGGGAAAGGGGAGCUGCUGGCUCGCUCGCGGCUGUACCAGGAGAAGGCCAACCUGUACCCGCCGAGCAACACCCCCGGCGAGGGGCUGAGCCACGGCGGCAGCAGCCUGCUGGCCAACGGGCAGACGAAGCCGCCGCCGGCGCUUAAGCUGGCGCUGGAGUACAUCGUGCCGUGCAUGAACAAGCACGGCAUCUGCGUGGUGGACGACUUCCUGGGCAAAGAGACCGGCCAGCAGAUCGGCGACGAGGUGCGGGCCCUGCACGACACGGGCAAGUUCACGGACGGCCAGCUGGUCAGCCAGAAGAGCGACUCGUCCAAGGACAUCCGUGGCGAUCAGAUCACCUGGAUCGAGGGCAAAGAGCCCGGCUGCGAAACCAUCGGGCUGCUCAUGAGCAGCAUGGACGACUUGAUCCGCCACUGUAACGGCAAGCUGGGCAACUAUAAAAUCAAUGGCCGGACGAAAGCUAUGGUUGCUUGUUACCCAGGGAACGGGACAGGUUAUGUUCGCCAUGUCGAUAACCCAAAUGGAGAUGGACGAUGUGUGACGUGUAUAUAUUAUCUUAAUAAAGACUGGGAUGCCAAGGUAAGUGGAGGUAUACUUCGAAUUUUCCCAGAAGGCAAAGCCCAGUUUGCGGACAUUGAACCCAAAUUUGAUAGACUGCUGUUUUUCUGGUCUGACCGUCGCAACCCUCAUGAAGUACAACCAGCAUAUGCUACAAGGUACGCAAUAACUGUUUGGUAUUUUGAUGCAGAUGAGAGAGCACGAGCGAAAGUAAAGUAUCUCACAGGUGAAAAAGGUGUGAGGGUUGAACUCAAUAAACCUUCUGAUUCAAUCAGUAAAUACGUUUUAUAGAGCCUUUGAAUCCAGCAAUACCCCUCUUCACCUACAGUAAUUGUUGACCCAUGUGUUAAAGUUGUGAAUACAAAUAAAUGGAAUAAAGAAAACUAGUCAACCGGUUGGCAUUUUAAUAAGGAAACGGAAACAGCCUUUUUUUGUGUUGCAUCCAACAGAAGAUUUUGAGUGCCGUGGCUUUGCGUGACUAACUGCAGAUCACUGACUGCUCCUGGGAGACUGUGAGCUCUCAAUUGAACAAGACACUUACAUCUGGACAUGGAACAAGUGCCCUGUGUGUAGAAUUGUUUCAUUCUUAUAUUUUGCCAGAUUUGACCUGCAGCUGAAUUCAUUUCAUCUCCCGUUUUUAUAUAGUCGAGUUUAAAAUUUGGGUAAUUUUUAUACGAUCAGGUUCAAUUUAUCAAAAACGAAUUGAAAAACAUUUCAGUAUUAUUCCCCAAAAUAGCAUUGAUCUAUUUUUGUAAACAACUUCAUAUGAUUACAUUUUGCC